UGAGGAGGUUCUCUAAUCUAGGCAUCUAACCUAGACUGAUCUGGAAUCUGGGACAGAUCUCGGGAUAGUGUGGUGUUGUAGUCUGCUUCUACUCCGACUGCCUCAUAAUUGUUUUUCUUAAACGAGAAUUCUGUAAAUAGCAGAAAUUAAUAUAUAAAAAUGAGUUUAGCUGGCACACUCUACAAUCUCGUUCUCAAACGGACGUCUACAUUUACGGUAGCCGUUUUAGCCUGCGCCUUCAUGUUUGAAAGAGGAUUCGAUAUGGCCUCCGACAAGAUUUUUGACUCUAUUAACAAAGGAAAACAAUGGAAGGACAUCAAGCACAAGUACGAAAAUUAAAUGGGAUAUUUUAGGAGUGAUGUGUUAGCGAUCUAUAUUUAAUGGAUGUAUUCAAUCUCUGGAUAUAUGUAAAUAAAUAACAAAUUACAUGAA